GAACGGUCCGUCUGAUCUCGGUGCACCUUUAUUACCGUCCCGUGCUCGCGGAAGGCGAUUAGCGGCUGAGAGUCUCCAUACUGUAGACAUGCUUUCUGUAUGGAACUUCCUGAAGCGGCAUAAGAAGAAGUUUAUCUUUGUUGGUGCAUUUGCUGGUGGUGUUUAUCUUCUUGGAAAGUAUGCACAGAAGAAAAUCCGAGAAAUACAAGAAAGAGAAGCCGCAGAAUACAUUGCUCAGGCACGAAGACAAUAUCAUUUUGAGAGCAACCAAAGGACAUGCAACAUGACAGUAUUGUCAAUGCUACCAGCCCUGAAAGAAGCAUUGAUGCAGCAGUUGAACUCUGAGAGCUUAACCAGCCUGCUGAAAAACAGGCCUACAAACAAGAUUGAAAUAUGGGAAGAUCUAAAGAUUAUAAGUUUUAGCAGAAGCAUAGUAGCCGUUUAUAGUACAUGCAUGCUUGUUGUCCUCCUUCGAGUUCAGCUUAAUAUUAUUGGUGGAUAUAUCUACUUGGAUAAUUCAUCUACAGGAAAAAAUGGCACAGCCCAUCAAGCAUCCCCUGAGGUACAACAGCAAUAUUUGUCCAGCAUUCAACACCUCCUUGGAGAUGGUCUGACCGAGCUGAUAACAGCUGUGAAGCAUGCCGUCCAAAGAGUACUUGGCAGCUUGUCCUUGAAACACUCCCUCUCUCUCGUGGAUGUGGAGCAGAAAAUGAAAGAAAUCCGUAGGCAAAUAGAAGGCGAGGUGGAAUCACUGGGUGAGGCAGAAUCAGAGUGCAAGUCGCAGUUAUGUCGUUAUAUGAUGCCGGAUGAGGAGACCCCAUUAAAUACCCAGGCAUGUGGACUAACGGAAAAAGAUGUCACAACAAUAAGACUACUGAAUGAAACAAGGGACAUGCUUGAAAGCCAUGACUUUAGCACUGUAUUGAACUCCUGUUUGAGUCGAGGUUUUGGAAGGCUUCUUGACAGCGUUGCAGAAUUCUUCCGACCUAAUGAGCAGGAUGUGAACCAAAAUAGCUCUGUGAACAGCCUUUCCAGUAUUAGCCUUCCUCUAGCCAAAAUCAUCCCUAUAGUAAAUGGACAGGUACACUCCAUAUGCAGUGAGAUGCCCAAUCACUUUGUUCAGGAUCUCUUGCUUAUGGAUCAAGUGAAAGACUUUGCUGCUAAUGUAUAUGAGGCUUUCAGCACACCUCAGCAAUUAGAGAAAUGAUGGCAAGCCCAACUGUCAAUAAUUGUUAUCCCUGAAAUCCAGCAAGCAUUAAUGUUUACAGUUUGUGUAUGACAUUCCUCUUGAUUCAAGUAAUUGAAGAUGCCUCAGACCUGAAACAUGAGUAAUUUGCCAUCUGUGGAGUGAUAAGGCACCAUGCAAAUACAGUUACUAAGCAAACAGUGCAGAUGUGCAAAGUAUUUCCUGUUAAAUUCACACAGGUUUUAUUUUACAAGAGCCCUAUUUUUUUGAAAGCAUGAUCACCUCAUUUUCAUCUGGAAAGUUUUGCCGUUUUCUGCAUGAUAAUGUGCAUGCUUUGGUACUGAUAAUGCACAUGGUAUGCAUUCAUAGUGUAAUUGGCUAAAUGCCGAAAUGCUAAAUGAAACAGAAUAUUGGUUCCCACAACCCAGUUUUGGUCCAGGUUUUUAAGUUUUCUACAUAUGAUUACAUUUUAUUUAAGGAUCAGUCCUUAUCGCAGGUUUGUUCUGUUAUUAGGAAUAAUUUAAUAGUGGUCACAAGCUGUUCUAUGGUUUUUUUUUUUACUACAUAUUUUGAGAACUAUCUUAAGAUAAGAUUUUUGGAAAUGUUUCUGGGUCUUAAGUAGUAAUAAAAUAUACGAUGUUUAUGUUGAACCAUACGUAUCUUGUAUC